AUGGCCAGCCGCAUCCUCCCGCUCAUCAUCCUCUUCGUGGUCCUCGCCAUCCUCGCCGUCGUGGGAUUCGUCGUCUACAGCAUCGUGCAGGAUAUCUCGGACAAGACACGGGACAAGAUGGAGAAGAAGAACGUCAUGUUCACGAGAGACGGGAUGAAGGUUGGCGUCAAGGAGGUUAACGAGGAGGAUUAUGUUGAUCGGAGUCAGAGUAUCCUCGUCAACAUGUGGAACCACACUUCGUUCCCGGCAUACAAGAGUCGGCUUUGGGAUAUGGCUGGGGCUUCGUCUUCGUCUUCGAAUGGGAAUGGUGGGGAUGCUCAGCAGAGGAGGGGACACACCUCGCAGUGA